CGGCUAGGACGUGAUGACCUUAGGAUUGCGCUCACCGUUCCUAGAUUCCGGCAACGAGGAUUUGCGGGCGCAAAUCAACACGCUCCAUUAUGAGCUCGAGUCCAUCAAGCAGGAGCGCGAACUCGCGGCGUUGGAGCAUCAGAAGGAGCUGCGGGAGUUGGAGAAUAGAGCAGAGGCAGACUUCAAGCGGGCUCAAGUAUGUUCGCAAUACGAAUGAGUGAUUGGGAGGUUGCUAAGGCUCGAACAGAUCGCCGAGUCCAAAUGUAACACGGCCACGAGCAAGUACGAUUCGUUAUCGAGGGAGCUA